GGAAGGGUAAAAACUCCCUGAUAGUAUUAAGGACAGUGAGAGAAUGAGUGAGUGUGUGUGCAGGCACCGUCCAAGCACUAGUACCCACCACACACCAAGAUCUGAGGACAGAGACACGUGGGGUACUGAAGAAGGAAGACAACAUUUGAUACUCAAGCGUCUAACACCUGGGAUAAGACCCUAAUACCUGAAGGAAACCCAUAACACCUAAACAUUGCUCUUAGCACCUGGAGGAGCCCUAACGCCUUUAACUGAAAACAAAUCGAGACUAUAACACCUGGAGAAGCCCUAACACCUUUAACUUGAAGAGAAUCAAGGCCCUACCACCAUUAACUGAAGAGAAAUCGAGACUAUAACACGUGGAGAAGCCCCAACACCUUUAACUGAAGGAGAAUCAAGGCCCUAACACGUACAGAAGGCAGCCCUCACAUGCCGCAGUAGCCAUGGCCACACUCAGGCAGAAGACAACACUGGCACUAGGUUUAGGAUUCCUCUGCCUUGUCUACGUCCUUCUGUUCCUCAAACCCUCAGACAAACACCGAUGGCUCCCCAAGGACGUGGCCAACAGCACAGUCUUUCAGCUUCCAAAGGCGGCACUGGAAAACCUGGUGAUCUACAGAAACCUUCCAGUCCUCAACACAACAGCUUCCAGGACAAAUGAGCAGGAGGACCCUCGCCCUUCGCCACUUAAAGACCCUCUGCCGCUGCCCUCUCAGUCUGGCUGCUUCCCUUACCUUAGUGAGCUGCACGUUCAGCCGGUUCCAGAGCACGACUGCGACCAGCCUUACGUCACCGUCAACCAGGCAGGGCGUCUGGGCAACAAGAUGUGUCAGUACGCCAGCCUCUACCUCCUGCGUCACCUGUUUGGAGUCCGGCACCUGCCUACCUGCAAACAGGUGUCCACGCUCGAUAAAAUGCACGCAACCCUCGACAUAUUCUUCAAGAACAUAGUCACGCCGGUCAAGAACCCAAGCUGCUUCGUGGGCAAGGCUAAGAGAAUUUCCUACAUGGGCCUGUAUGACAAGCUGUACAGAGCUGCGGCUCGGGCCUGGAUCAACACCAACUCCAGUGUCAUCAUAGAACCUCUGCUGGACACUUCCUACCACAUCCAUGACUUCCCCGAACCUCGAGACCUCUUCCUGGAGCACCGGAAGCUGAUUCACACCCUCUUCAAGUUCCGGGACGAGGUGAUGAAGAAUGCCGUACAGAAUAUCAACAACGCUCUUAAGAGUUUCAACGCGACGUAUCACCAAAGGGACUUCCCAAUUGUGACUGUUCAUGUCAGGCGGACGGACUACGAGAAGCACAUGAAGAAGCUCUUCAAUCUGACCCAGCUGGGUAAACUCUACUACACCAACGCCUUUGAGUUCUACAAGAAACGGUUGAAGCGCCCUCUGUUCCUGGUGGUGAGCGACGACCCGAAGUGGUGCAGGGAGAACCUGCAGGCGAAGGACGUGCUGGUCAUUGCCUCCAAGAUCUCAGCUGAGGACAUGGCGGCGAUGAGUUUGGGAGACCACCAUAUUACAAGCUACGGCACCUUCAGCUUCAUGGCAGCCUUAAUGGGAAAUGGGAACAUAACACACCCGCUCACCACCAACCCUCGCUACAACUUGGUGAGGUGCGUGGACUCCCCAGUCUUCCACCGCGUUCCGAGGAGCGACAAACAGGAGUAUUAGCGGAGAUGAUUCGGUGUUGGCAAUAAUGUUUUCUACUUUAUUUUAACUUCCUUGAUUCUUUUUAUUUAAUAUUAUUAUUAAUGUUGUUUUUUACUGGAUGGUGUUUCUCAUGUUUUCCUUUUUUUUUUUCUUUCUCUAUGGUAAUUUUGUAGUUUUCUCUUUGUAAACACUUUGUUUAUCGAUUCUUUCCCUCCUACACAAUGUUUCCAGUAGGGUCUCUCCUUUUCAAAACACUCUUGAUUCCUUCUUUACCAGACAAUGUUUCCAAUAAUGUGUCUCACAUACACACUUUCAUCAUUCUUUCUCUCCGGGAAAAAAGGUUUCCGGUAAUUCUUUUAAACACUUUCUUCCAUGAUUAAUCUUUCCUAAUGAACUGUGUUUUCUAAUAAAUACUUUUUUUUUACAA